AUACACACACACGCACUAGUCCUCCAGCAUUAGUGACUGCAUGCGAGUGUGGGACAGACUCUACCCUCCCACGGCCGUUCUGCGCCAACAAGAAGGAGUUUAUUCAACGUCCCGCUGCUGAUUUCUAUUUGUUUGUCACUAACUGCGUAUCUACUCACGUCUUAGGAAUGCCAUGGCUACUCAGAAUAACCAGGAUUACUUCAGGUCGGUCAGCAGCGAGUCCACCACAUACAUGAUGGUUCCGGCAAACGGCCGUGGUCGAGACUCGCCGUCAAAGUUAUGGAUCGCAAUGGUCGUGAUCGUGGUGGUUGUGCUGCAAAUAGCCUCCACCACCGGACUCUUUGUCUACUUAAACAUGUCUUUAUCGCAGGUUAAGAGUCAGGGGGUUACAGAAGAGCUGCGGUGCCUGGGCUUGCUUAAUGCCCUGGAUAAAGACCGGGACAUUCCCGAAGACCUGGCCCAACUGUUUGGAGAGCCUUGCAUCAAACUAGCUGAGGGUAUCAAGGCCUAUAUUUCCAAGGUUACAGACAGUAUCAUCUCCAAACAGGCUUUACAUGAAGCAAGAGCCAUGCCCCAUUCAUAUAAUACAUCAGGGUCAAAGUUCAUGACCACAGUGACACAGAGGCCAUCAGCCCACCUGACCCUUGGCAGCCUACCAGGUGGCGCUCAGUACUCCACCCCUCAAGCAGACCUGCACCAGUCCUGCCGCCAUCCUGUACGUUCCUGGGCCAACCAGAGCUUCGGCGCCCAUCUACACAACAUGACACUGGCCAACGGGCGCCUUCGCGUACCCCAAGACGGCCGCUACUACCUGUACUCCCAAGUGUACUUCCGCUACCCCUCUCCCAGCGAGGGGGAUCAAAACAGCGUGAGCCACCAGCUGGUCCAAUGCAUCUAUAAGAAAACUUCCUACCUGAGGCCGAUUCAGCUGCUGAAGGGAGUGGGGACCAAAUGUUGGGCUCCAGAUGCAGAAUAUGCCCUUCACUCAGUGUACCAGGGCGGCCUGUUUGAGCUGCGAGCGGGCGACGAGGUCUUCGUGUCCGUCUCGUCUCCUACAAUGGUGUACGGCGAGGACUCUUCUAGCUAUUUCGGAGCUUUCCGUCUGGAUCUGUAAGAGCACGUCUGGAUCGGGACUACAUUACACCCACUGGGUGGACGGUUUUGAGGCUGCGACCCAAAGAGAAAAGACUCAUUUCAUCGUUCAAAUUUCCUUUCUUUAAGACUUUGAAUAUGUGAAGGAUGCAUGAAUGAGAGACAUUUCGGACAAGGUUAUUUCUUUUAUAGACAGAGGAAUGUAUGUAUAUUUCUACAAAUCACAUAAAAUAUGUGAAUCUUUGAAACGGUAGCAAAACAAUCAACAGGAGAGACAAAAACUCACACAAAGUGAAUAUGUGCCACUGUUGUAUACAGUUUGAUGUGUGAAAUCCACUUGCUCUCGUCCGCUGGAGGGGAAUAUUUUUGUGUACAGUGGAUCUAAAACAGAGAUAUGAGAAGAGAAUGAUGACAGUGGGAAUGUGGAAAGAAAGAAAGAUGAGAUGGGAAGUAUGCAGCUCUACCAGCCUCAAAAGGAGCAUACUGGCAGGUUGCAGUACUGCGGAAUUCUCCCCAUCCUGUCGGACCAGCGGAGCAGCAUGCCCGGACAAGAAAAUGACCUAAAAAAGUUCACACGCACAUAUAAACACAGAGGAAUUCAGCUUGUUGCAUUUGAAAACACUCAUACUCCUGAGUAUUUAUGGCUUCCACACAUGAAGAACGCAGCGAUAAGAUAAAAACACAUACGUUUAGUCUCAGACACAAAUCACUUUUACAAGUCUCCCUCUGCUGUCUGGUCCGGGGUGCAGGAGGAAGUACUGUCAGGGAGAGACACGUGCUCCCAUGCUCACGUGGUCCAGGCCAAACAAAAGGUUAAAUAAACACUACGACACACGGUUUGUUGAAAUGUCGCGCCCAUAUAAUGCUUUAUUUUUUCUAGCAUUACACACACAUACAAAACACACCCUAAGUGCCCUGAAAAACACUUUUCUGAUAAGAUGUGCUUCAUACUUUCAUCUCUUUCUCUAUGUGGUUGGUUGGUUAAACCUGUGUAUAUAAUUGUAUUUAAUACGGAAUCAUGAGGUUUGGAAUUAAAUGUAUGAGCGUUGUGAUGUUCUUGCAUGAAAAUCCCACAAAACGGGCCUCCCGCUGUUAACGGAAAAGCCGUGACGCUCUCCAAAUGAAACGACACUGUGAAUCUUAAUACAAGCCUGUUUUUUCUGAGGAAAAAGUGUUUGUUUGAAGGAGGAGAGGGUGGGUAAAUGAUCAAGUGCUGUCACAAUGGUGUAUCUGAGCGCAAACGCAAACAUUGUAAACCGCAAGCGUGUUUUCUUCUCUCUGGACUCUGCCCCAGUUUUUACUGAUAAAGUCAGUGAGGAAGAGGGCCCCUGCCAAGACAGUGCCUUAAAUCACAUUAUACAGCGAGAGUGAUUGAGCCAAGACUCUUUGUGGCAUUUAGCUAUGGACAUAAUGUUAGUUAUA